UCAGCGGCGGGAAGGACGACGCCCCCGAUGUGCCGGUACGCGGCGACGAUCGCGAGGGCAGUGGUGGAGUUCCUCGACGCCGUCCUCGUCGGCUUCUUCCUCUCCUUCUUCGAUUCGCCCGCGCGCAAGGUUCCGCUCGGGGAGCUGCUGCUCUCAGAUGGUGAGCAAGGUUUUGGAGCAAGUAGAGGGUCUCAUGAGGAUCUGGGUGAGGAUUGCGGCAUUGCUGAGGAGCUUAUGUCUGAGGCAAAUUACCUCAAGUUAAUUGGCGCAAUACCUGAAACCCCAGCUGAACUUCAAAGCGCAUCAUGUCAAAUCAAUUUGGAACAUUACAUUGAGCAUGAUAGCUUUCUUACAAAUGCACCGGCAGUGGUGGAGGCAUCUCCAGCAUUUGAAGCUAAAUCAUUUGAAGGCUUGAAAUGUGAGGAGGAUCAUACUUUCAUACCUGAACUUAAAACUGAAGAUACUAAACAUCUACCAUUAGUGGAAUCAGUAUAUCAACCAGCUACCGGAGACAAGUCCCCAUUUGAGAACAUCAAAAGCAUGAACCUUGGUUCCGGUGAUUCACCUUUUCCUACUCCCCUAGUUCUCAGAGACGACAUGCAAACCCCUGGAACAGUUUGUACUUCACAUAAAGGGCCGUCAGGAAAGCCUGUGCGGACCCGCAAACAAUUCGUAUAUCCCAUUGUGAGACCCAUAGAGAACAAACUUCGGCAGAUGGAACUUACAGAAGAAUCCUCCAAGCCUUCCAAACGAAGAAACUUGAGCGCAGAUUCUAUCAAGAAGCCACAGCUGACCUCUUCAGAUUCAGUGGAAAAAGGAGAAUCGCCUGAUUCUUUACCUCUCCCAAAGUCUAAGUGUCAGCUCGGCAUCCAAAGGCAAUUGGGUGAUGAGAUACCAAAAUCCAUUUCAGAUGAAAAUCUUGAGGUAUGCAGUCUAUCAAACUGGCUUAAACCUUCAGCCGCAGGCAAUGAGAAUGAGGGUCCUGUUGAGUGUUCAGUGGGGAGUCGAUCGUAUGAUGAGAAAAAUCUUCUCGAGGGACACGUCUUUAUGGCUACUGAGUCUAAAUGGGACGAGGAGAAUCCUACUCCUAGGUUGUCCAAGCCAUUGGAUUUUCAUGGUAUUCCAAACACAACCAAAAAAUAUCAAGAGGAUCAAAAAAUCAAAUGGCACAGCACACCAUUCGAGGAAAGGCUAUUGAAGGUUUUAUCCGAAGAGGAGGUACCCCCUACAAGAAAGCUUGUUCGUGGAAGGUUGUUCUAUCCUGAGGAAAGAGUUUAAGCCUGAAGAGGGAACAAUUUGGCGAGAAUUGAGUUCAAAUGUGGAUGAGUCAGAUCAUCAACCUCUGAAGAUUAACCGGCACAUUAA